AUGCAAAAACUGUUUCAACGAUACCGGGAACAACAACAGAGUUUGGAAUCACACGCUUCGACGAGGAUCAAAGACGUAUUAAAAGAGAUUCAAAAGGAAGAAGAAUUUGGAGACGAGGAGGAGGAGGAUGUUUUGGAGGCGAUUUUACUCGACCACGUGGCGUUUCGAACGUUUAAAGGGUUACAUCACGACGGGGACGAGAAACAUCAUCAAUUUGUGAACGUGAAACAAAUGCUGAUGGAAAAACUUCGCUAUCGCGAAAGCGGAGAGACUUUGGUAUUUCCAAAGAAGAAACUGAAAGCGACGUGGUUGAAACCACCGACGCCGCUGAUGCCGCGAGUGUUUUUGAGCGAAAUUGAUAUCGAGGCUUUCGAGGACGAGCGGAUGUCGGCUAUCGUUCGGAAAGCGAUAUCGUCGAGAGAAGGAGGAAAAGGAAAAGGCGCGGUCUUGGAGGAUGAUUUUUGGGAGCAAAAACGGGACAGGUUUUCUUUGUGUGAGAACGUAUCGAAGGACGAGUACGAGUACAUCGCCGAGAAGAGCGAAUAUGCAGCUUGGUUGCUAAUAAACGGGCCGGAAUUUGUGAACCAUUUCGCGUUGGCGAUGCAUCGAUGUCGCUCGGAGGCGUUUCGCGUUUCAUCCGGAGAGGAGAUGUCGAGAAAAAUAGUCGAGAGGAUUGCAAAGAUUGCGAAACUGAACGGAGAAGAGGAGAAUAGAGUGAUGAAUGUAUCCGAGGAUAGGAAACUGUGGCAGUUUUCGACGGUAUCAGAUGAAUUAAUAGCGGUAAAUGGAACGGGUGAAAAACUGAAAGGCUGCGGCGCGUACAUCGAAUUCGCCUAUCGAGAGUACAUUUCGACGGGUGAAGGCAUUGAAAUAGAGAGUAGGAAAAACUUAGAAGAGGACGAAUCAAAAAGACGAGAUGGAUUUGAAGUCGCCAACGCGGAUGCCAUCUUCGAAAGCACAAAGGUGUAA